CCCAGCACAGCAGCUGAGCAAGUAUGUCCAGAACAUCCAUAGCAUCUUUUGGAAAACCCAUUGUUGCGUGUGGAAAGGCAUCCAAAGAUAAUGCAGUGUUUGAAAGUUGUGGCAGUCAUCUUAGCUUGUUCAAUCCUGCUGUCUCAGACACACUGUGCCUCUCUGCAUCCACAAAACUCUCAGCUAGUAAGGCAGAAGCGAAUGACACCUUUCUGGAGAGGGAUCUCAAGGCCAAUUGGAGCAUCAUGCAGGGAUAACAGUGAAUGCACCACAAGACUAUGCAGAAACAAACAUUGUUCUUUAAGAGUAUCACAGGAGUGAUUCUUCACGAAGGAGAAGAAAAUGCUGCUACUUUUGAUACUGCUGCUCCCUGUUUAUUUAUUAUCACCUCUCCUGACAUCACAUCCUUAUAUUUAAAGCUUUUCAGUUAAGGCUUCAGUUGUGUGGACAGCUAUAAAGGACUUCAACAUUCCAGAAGCACAUUUUAAUUUAGGUUACAUCUUUCUGUUCUAUUCCAAGGUGGCCCUUUAGCCAAGCUAAAACAGCUUAAAUUUAUCUUUCUUUUUGUAUUGUUUGUUUAUAAUGUUUUUCUAUGCAAGACAUUAAAGAGCUGUUAAGCAAACACAA